GGAGACCCAGGGAAAUUGGGGUUUUUGGGUGGGGAGAAAACGAAAACGAGUCAUCUAACCUAACCCCUAGCCGGGGGCUCCACCCCCGGACCCCCGGUAGGCCUAGCUUAGACUAACCUAAAUGUGUCAGUAGUUAAAAGCUUUGGGGGGCGCCAUGUCCGAAAGUACAAUACCUUAGUUAGAUGUGGAAGGACCAGGGAUACGUAAGAAUUGGAUAAAAUGUUCGUCUUUCUCAUAAAACUCUGCAAUAAACUUGAAAUAAUUGUAGGAGCACAAAUGACAACCAACCUCCACCACUGCCAUUGUGAGACUGGUCAAUGAAAUUAUCCAGGCUGCUUCCUUUGAAAAAAAUCAAAUGUGAGUUGGUAAAAAAAAAUUUGCGUGAUCAUAUCGAUACAUCAUUGGUCACGACUGGAUGACAUCAGUCAAUAUUGCGCAUACGUGAUGUGCCGUUAACAUCUCCACAGAAACGAAGGCUGAAAACUACGUAAAAUCAAUUAAAUUCAAUUGUGUCACUAUUAUCCAUUUCCGCCAUGUAUAUAUGGGGUUCAAGAUGCUCAGAAUAGUGAGAUCUAAAUUUUUCAAUAGUUUAUAACUUUUGGGCACACUAUUCUAAAUUAAAAUAAUGCCUUAUCAUUAUACAAGAGAAAUAUCCAUGAGCUGGAACACUUGUUGCAGAGCCCUUCCACGAAUGAGAGAUUUCCAGGUAACGAGACAACUCUCUCAACCCUGAAAAUAUCCCCCAUCCCUGGAAUUUUUCUGGGUACUGAGAAAAGUUUCUUGGAAUUCUCCGUCCCCCGACUAGGAAGUUAGAAGUAAGUUGCGAUCCCCCAGCUGUCACUACAAAAAUGGCAGGGGGUGUGUGCCCUUUCACGCUGACAAGGGAGUUGUUGUACCACACAUUCCUGACUGGGGUCGUACUUUUGUUGGUUGUGACUCAGGGUAUUCUUCUCGAUGUCUACAUCCUCAGCAAUGAUCACACUGCCAUUAAAAACUACUUUUGGCUCAUACCAGACUUUCUUUUGAUAUUUGCCUUUGUUGCUGCAAUGUCAAGUGGUUAUAAGAGUUGUAAACAUGAGAGAUCCUCAAAAGAGAAUCCCAAGAGAAGUGACGCAGGCCACCGUAGAGGUAAAGUUCCGAUACACGUGAAGAUGCUGGGACUGUAUUCUUUGCCAGUUUUUGUCUGGUUAGCAUAUUCUGGUUUAUUGGUUGCUAAAGUUGUUAUUAUUUUUAAGUCUGAAAUACCCAAUAAGAUAAGUACAAGUGAUGCACUAAGUCCUCAGCUGUUGAAAAUUGUACUAUCAUUAACUUUUGUGAUCUUUGCCCUCCUUGUUGAAGGUCAGACUAUGACAGAGGCCAACAGUGAACGUAAGCGCUACAUACAAUCUCUCUCUCAUGGAACAGCUUUUGAGAUUUUAGAUUCAGUUACUUUCCUCUCCCUAAUUAUCCAGCCAGAAUCUAAAUUAGUGUUACCUUUGCACUUGGAAAAUGCAGUGAUUGCAUUUUCUUCUAUGAAUUUUAUUUUUCCAGCCAUAGCUUUAGUUAAAUUAAGUCGCAGUAAUUAUGGUCAUAGUCCAUUAUGCUUAGUCUCUUCAAUUACAUACAAAAUGUGCCAUUUGUGGCUUAUUAACUUCACCUACUUUGUCAUUCGAAUAUACCUUUUGGCAGGCAUAUCACUUUCUGUAUCUCCUUUUAUUGUUAAAAAUUUAUACCAUAUAUUUUCAAUUAUGAAAUCAGUUUGGGUUGACUUCAAGCAGUUGCGAUUAGUGAUGGGGGACUACUUUGAUAAACGGCGGCGUGUGUACACAGCAACAGAAGCAACUGGUGGGGCCAGUCUUAACACUGGCAAUAGUAGCAAUGAUUGGACAUCAGUCAGUGAUAAGUUUGAAGAAAUUGAUCUCAAGCAUGAUGCUUAAAGUACCCAAUGGUAAUGAGGUACCUGUAAUGGGGAAUCUUUACAUCUUAACCCUCUCGCACAUGAGAUAAGUUUUAAGUUUUCCAGUUCCAAGAUCACAUCUCUGAGGCCCCAAGGGCAGGCGAGACAGUGCACAGUGAAUAUUUUUUUUUUGCUUUAUCGAUAACC